UGAUUUUCCCAUAAGUCUGCUUCCGCUUUUGCUCCUUCUCUAGUCAAAUCCACCUUCCUCCCUCCCCAUUUUCCUCCCCCCUUCCCUUAACCUCCAUUUUUAUAACUCCAAAUCAACACGCACUUCCGGUAAGCCACAACACACAAUCAUGGGUUUUUUGAAAGACGAAAGAAGUAAGAAAGCUUUGAGAGGAUUCAAAACAGUCUUCUUUUUGGUAACCAUGAUUAUAUCGUUUCUGUUCUUCUCUGCUCCGAUACUGUUCGCCGUCGCCGAUGCUUUACUUCCCACAGCUCUAUUAUCGGCUUCUCUUUCAGCGCCGUCGGAUUCUCCGUUCCCUGAUCCCUCACCAGCCUUCUCCUUGCUCCAAACCCUAUCGUCCCAUUUGAGUAACUACGAUUUUCGAUACUCUUUGAUCGAUAUCCCUCUAAUUUCUAUAAUCAGAUCCGCAAUCAUUCUCUGUGUGUAUGGACUAUGCGAUGGUCCGGGCCUAUCAAGGGGUCCAUACUUGGGAAUUACGACUGUUUGUUCGGUGGUUUCUUUGUUGUUUGUAUCGGUAAAAGCGUCGUAUGUGUUCGGCGGCAGAAGUAGCGGUUUCUCCGCAGCGGAGGUGGCUUUAUUUAUUUGUUCGCUUUCGUUGGCCAUUGGCCACAUCGUGGUGGCUUACCGGACUAGUUGCAGAGAACGACGCAAGCUUCUUGUCUACAAAAUCGACGUCGAAGCUGUGUCGACAUUCAAGAAUGGGUUUCCAAGCCCAGAUUCACAUUUACAAGUUUCAGGUUUUCCGAAGGAGAACAGUAAUUUGAUGGUCAGAUAUGAAGAGAUAUAUAGAUGAUCCUCUAUUAUAUACACGAUUAAGAUUAAGUUUGGGUACAUAUAUUGUAAACUACGGGUUUUAUUGUGUUUUUUUCUUUUAUCUUAUAGAAAUGGAGGUACAAGUAUCGGGUUUGAUCUGUCUUCCAUGAAAAAAACAUGUAUAGAUUUUUUUUCAUGUUUAUUAGAUGAUGAAAUAUUCACACACAAUUUUGUCAA